GAAAUAGAGAGAGAGAAGACUGGUAUACUCAAAGUUCAAAUAAUAUACUUGUAAGCAAUAAAUUCGGUAAACGGAAACCUUCAGAUUGUGAAAUAUGUAUGCACGGCCUAGCAGACCAUUUUCAUCAACAUGAUUUUCACUUUUCAGGAUUUGAUUAUGCAAAUCCGACGGUGGCUUACGAAUCUAUGAUUUUAACUUUAUGUGCCUUAGAAUUUCUCUAGCUGUUAAACCUCUAUCUGUGUCACUCUCUCGACUUUGUUUCUUAACAGACCCUCUCUCUCUCUCUUCCUCAGACUGACUCAAUACCUUCUUUCAUUCUUUUCUUUUAUCGUUUUCUUCACUUAGAUCCCUCUGUUCUCUUUCUCCCUGUUUGUUUUCUCUCCGAUGAUAAUCAGAUCCGUCCGAAAAUUUUUGUCACCAUCAGAUGUACAGACUUUGACUCAGGACUGAUCAGAUACAGCUGGAGUAGAAUUGCUAGAUGGGACAGUGUUACGGCAAGACUAAUCCAACAACUGACAAUGACGCAGCAACCACCAUAGUUGCAACCGGCGAUCGCAACCAGACGCCGUUGCGACCAUCCACGCCGCGUAAUGGCGCCGUUGGGGUGCCCUCAGUAAAGAACACCCCGGCAAGGUCCUCUAAUCCGAGCCCAUGGCCUAGCCCCUAUCCGCAUGGCGUUUCAGCUAGUCCACUUCCAGCUGGAGUGUCACCGUCUCCGGCGAGAGCCUCCACGCCGAGGAGGUUUUUCCGAAGGCCGUUCCCACCUCCAUCCCCUGCCAAACACAUAGCUGCUUCUCUGGCUAAGCGGCUCGGUGGUGGUAAGCCCAAAGAGGGGCCAAUUCCUGAGCACGGUGGUGCAGAGACAGAGCAGCAGCAGCAGCAGUCACUAGACAAAAGCUUUGGUUACAGCAAGAAUUUUGGGGCUAAGUAUGAGCUGGGGAAGGAGGUUGGGAGAGGGCAUUUUGGUCAUACAUGCUCCGCGAGAGUAAAGAAAGGGGAGUUCAAAGAUCAGCCCGUUGCUGUGAAGAUCAUAUCUAAGGCCAAGAUGACAACAGCAAUAUCAAUUGAAGAUGUUCGUCGGGAGGUCAAAAUAUUGAAAGCACUAUCGGGCCAUAAGCAUCUUGUCAAAUUUUAUGAUGCUUGCGAAGAUGCCAACAAUGUGUACAUAGUCAUGGAAUUGUGCGAGGGUGGUGAACUUUUAGAUAGAAUUUUGGCGAGAGGAGGAAGGUAUACGGAGGAAGAUGCAAAAGCUAUAGUUGUGCAAAUACUGUCAGUGGUGUCAUUUUGUCAUCUUCAAGGUGUCGUACAUCGCGACUUAAAGCCAGAGAAUUUUCUUUUCACAUCUGGGGGUGAAGAUGCUGAUAUGAAGCUCAUUGAUUUUGGUCUUUCUGACUUCAUCCGGCCAGAUGAAAGACUCAAUGACAUUGUUGGAAGUGCGUACUAUGUUGCACCUGAAGUCCUACAUAGAUCUUACAGUCUGGAGGCAGACAUCUGGAGCAUUGGCGUUAUUUCCUAUAUUUUAUUAUGUGGAAGCCGGCCUUUCUGGGCACGGACGGAAUCUGGAAUUUUUCGUGCAGUACUUAGAUCUGAUCCCAACUUCGAUGAUUUACCCUGGCCUUCUGUCACUCCUGAGGCAAAGGACUUUGUGAAGAGACUCCUGAACAAGGAUUACAGGAAAAGAAUGACUGCCGUCCAAGCUCUAAGUCACCCAUGGUUGCGAGAUGAUAAUCGUCCUAUACCCUUAGACAUAUUGAUCUAUAAACUAGUAAAGGCAUACCUGCAUGUUACACCUUUCAAACGUGCAGCACUGAGGGCUCUCUCUAAAGCAUUGUCUGAGGAUGAGCUUGUUUACCUCAGAGCUCAAUUCACGCUGUUGGAACCAAAUAGGGAUGGGAGUGUCUCUCUUGAAAAUUUCAGAAUGGCUCUAGCGCAUCAUGCUACCGAUGCCAUGAGGGAGUCAAGGGUUCCAGAAAUUCUUAAUGCGAUGGAGUCCCUCGCCUAUAGGAAGAUGUAUUUUGAAGAGUUUUGUGCAGCUGCAAUUAGUACAUACCAAUUGGAGGCACUUGAAGGGUGGGAGCAAAUUGCCUCCAUUGCUUUCGAGCAUUUUGAACGGGAGGGUAACAGAGUCAUCUCAAUUGAAGAAUUGGCACGAGAAUUGAAUGUUGGCCCUUCAGCUUAUUCAUUCAUCAAAGAUUGGAUCAGAAACUCAGAUGGAAAGCUUAGUUUACUUGGAUAUACAAAAUUUUUACAUGGUGUGACUCUUCGUAGCUCAAAUACAAGACAUCAUUAGUUUUUUCUUUUUUCCUUUUUUUUUUUUUUCAGCCUUCUACAUAUAAUUUUUUUUUUCUUUUUAAUUUUUCCCAAAAAAUUGUGGCAUUUGGAGGACUUAGGCAUUUUGGGAGGUUUGGAAUUUUUCAGGGUUGGGGUACAGAAAAAAAAAAGGAUGUGCAUAAAUGAACAUGUUAGUCAAGUCAGCUCUGAGAUUGUUCAGGCGAAAGUCAAGUUGAGAUUUCCCUUGGUGCUUUCUUUCUUUUCUUUUUUUUUUUUUUUAAAGGUUUUAUGUUGAAAUUUAGCUAUUGAUUCAUUUAUCUGGGAAAUGGAAAUUAUCUGAUGCUCAUAGCAAUUUGAUUCAAGUUGGUUAA